AUGGUGCCGUGGGUGGAGCAGCAUCGCCCGUCCUCUAUCGCGCAGGUCGCCCACCAGCGCCAUGUCGUCGCCACACUCUCGUCGGCUGUCGAGAGCGGCAAUCUCCCUCAUUUGCUCUUCUACGGACCCCCUGGAACAGGGAAGACAUCGACCAUCCUCGCUCUCGCCAAGGACCUGUAUGGGCCAGAGUUGUACAAGUCGAGGGUUCUGGAGCUGAAUGCGUCCGAUGAACGAGGGAUUGAUGUUGUAAGAAACAAGAUAAAGCACUUCGCGUCGCUCGCCGUCUCUUCCUCCAAAAGCUCUUCGUAUCCUUGUCCUCCCUUCAAGCUUGUUAUUCUGGACGAGGCUGACUGUAUGACGACUGAUGCACAAAGUGCCUUACGAAGGACCAUGGAAACCUGCACCCGUGUCACGCGCUUCUGUAUCAUAUGCAAUUAUGUCAGCAGGAUCAUCUCACCCAUCGCCUCACGUUGUGCGAAGUUUCGGUUUCAGCCUGUCUCCACCGAGGUGAUGCUCGAGAGGCUCAACAUGAUAGCCGACAAGGAAGGGUUUCAGCUUCCUUCAGACGUGACGGAUGCUCUGGUCAACAUCUCGGGGGGAGACCUUCGUCGGGCGAUCACCAUGAUGCAGAACACGUACAUCUUGCACGGGAACUCGAUGAAGGGACAGGACAUCAUUGAGAACGCUGCUACAAUUCCUGAUUCGGUCAUUCUGGACCUUGUGAAUUCUUGCAAGUAUAACUCAUUCGAGAAAAUUCAAAGCAAAGUCAACGAUAUCAUAGCUGAUGGGUACCCGGCCAACCAAAUUCAUGAUUGGGUUAUGAGCAAGGAAGCUUUCGGUAUCUCGGCAAAGAGCAAGUCGAUCAUCUGCAAGGCCUUGGGAACAACCGACAUGAGGCUGACCGACGGGUCUGAUGUCACCCUCUCCCUGCUCCAUCUUGUUAGCGUGAUCAUGCAAGCCCUACAAACUUCUUGA